CCCCCUCGUAGUAGGGCGGGGACAAGCGGCUUGUUUGCUUUCGCAUGGUGUCUAAAAGUUACACAAGCAGCGAACAGGAUUUUACAAAAGCGUUCCGUCGUCACGCCUAUUUUUUUUUUCUUUUUCUGGUUUGCUUGUGUCCUUUCACCUUUGCCGAGGUUUCACCCCACAACACGGAGCUGUGUUGGCGGCGACACACACACGACAACACCUCCGCGCCUCAUGCCCAUCAUUUGUCCGCUUUUUCCGGAGCCCGGGACCCCAAACGAGCGCCUUUUAGGGACCUCCAGCCAACACCGCAACUUUCCCGGUAUGUGAGUUCGUGCUUGCGGCUUUAUCAGCGAGACGAAGGCCGCGCACGGAACACCUUUCCUCCCCGCACUAUUCCCCGCCAUGGAGCUGAGCUCGGCCCUUCUCACCACGGCGGGAGCUUAUGGAUUCUUCCGCCUGGUCAACACCGGCGUGGGCAGGCUGCCGGUGCCAGACAGCGCCCGCAAGAACGCCACGAAAUGGAGAAACAUCUCCACGUCCUUCGUGCACAGUCUUGUCACCGCCAUCUGGGCGCUCUUUUGCUUUAUUCUCCAGCCGCACAUGGCGGAAGAUUUGAUAGAAACACAUUCGGUGUUUUCUCACGCGUUGGUGUCCUUUUCCAUCGGUUACUUCAUCUAUGACCUCUUGGACAUGGUGACGUACCAGAAGAUAAGCCAGUCCUGGGAGCUUGGCUUGCAUCACGUUGUAGUGAUCACCUGCUUCGGCCUGUCCGUGGCGACGCACCUCUACAUCGGUUUCGCCGUGGUGGCGCUGCUGGUGGAGAUCAACUCGGUGUUCCUCCACCUGCGGCAGAUGCUGCGCAUGUCCAACAUGGCCGUGGGCACCGCCUACCGCGUCAACAGCAUGGUCAACCUGGGCACCUACGUGGUGUUCCGCAUCAACACCCUGGCCUGGAUGACCCGCUGGCUGGUGCUGAACAGAGACAAGGUGCCGCUGCUGUCCUACACGCUGGGCAGCGUGGGGCUGGCCGUCAUGACCGUCAUGAACAUCGUCCUCUUUUACCGCCUGCUCAGGAGCGACUUCCUGAAGGGCAGCGCCCGCGAGGCCAAGAAGGAGAAGGAGACGUAAGGUCGCCCGCGUCCCCAACGCCUGUAAGAAGCUACUAAUCACGUCAAGGUGUGACUUUCUACCUGGAAUAUGACAUCAUUCACCAAUCACUGCAUCCUCCUGCUACCUCAGAAAGUGCUCACACCUGUCGCCGCUUUGCAAUAAAACAUGACCACUCGAAGAAAAGGUGAUUCUGUUCGACAUCUUCAGUCACGUGGUAAGCCGUCCUCUUUUCAAAACGUGCCUCCCUCAGUUUGAGCUCACAAGAAGCCUGUAAAAUAAAACGUGUGUUGGAUGUAAUUCAUCUCUUGGCCUGCAGAGGGCAGCGCAGCUGUCUUAUAAUUAAUAAAUGUUUUGCUGUA